CAGACGACGCUUGUUUCUCGUUUUGUUUAUCCUCCCUCUCACACAGUGUUAAGAAGGUAGAGAGUGACGCUUCGAGUGUCGGUAUUUACCUGUCAACAUACGAGUUAACCUUACUACUCGAGUAUUGUGGGUUAUUUGUAGUUUCAAAUCGUAAAUUGCAGAAAAUUCUCCACGGCCCAGGCAUGGGUAUGAGCGGGGCGGGGUAGAGGGACGAGGGGGAUUUAAAUCUCUCUUUUUCGUCCCCGCAGCGUCUUCAGUUUUGAAGUAAACGGCGCAUCAGAGCAAAACCGACCUGCGUACCUUCAGGUUUGACUGAAAGUUGUUCGGUGAUUUCAAGGCAGUAGAAAUUACCACACGCCUGUUUGUUGGUGUUUUGUCCAUAUUACCGGUAGUUUUUUGUUUGGUUUUCCUGGAGAGUGGAAUUGGCGAACUGAGAGCGGCUCGCCGAGUCGGGACUGACCACUGGAGUUGGUCCUGAAAAUGGAGGCUGUUAUCGAGAAGGAAUGCAGCGCGCUCGGGGGACUCUUCCAGACUGUUAUCGGAGACAUGAAAAACAGCUGCCCUAUUUGGGAGGACUUUAUCACCAAAGCUGGCAAGCUGCAGUCACAGCUCAGGGCGACUGUGGUCGCUGUGGCUGCUUUCCUGGAUGCCUUUCAGAAAGUGGCCGACCUAGCUACCAACUCACGAGGUGGGACCAGAGACAUUGGAUCAGCGUUGACCAGGAUGUGUAUGAGACAUCGCAGCAUAGAGGCCAAACUCAAACAGUUCUCCAUGGGCUUCCUGGAGGGCCUGAUCAACCCACUACAAGAGCAGCUGGAGGAGUGGAAAAGAGGAGUAAAUACUUUGGACAAGGACCAUGCUAAAGAGUAUAAAAGAGCUCGACAUGAAAUUAAGAAGAAGUCCUCGGACACGCUAAAACUUCAGAAGAAAGCAAAGAAAGCUGAUACUCUGGGUCGAGGUGAUAUCCAGCCCCAGCUGGACAGUGCCAUGCAGGAUGUCAGCGAUAAAUACAUUCUGCUAGAAGAGACAGAGAAACAGGCCCUGAGGAAGGCUCUUAUAGAGGAGAGACAGAGAUUCUGCUGGUUUGUAGCCAUGCUGCAGCCUGUAGUGGAUGAGGAGAUUUCUAUGUUGGGAGAGGUCACCCAUCUCCAGGCCAUCUCAGAUGACCUCAGAGCCCUGACCUCUGACCCGCACAAGCUCCCCCCCGCUAGUGAACAGGUGAUCUUGGACCUGAAGGGCUCAGAUUUUGGUUGGUCAUAUCAAACCCCACCUUCAUCUCCCAGCACCACUAUGUCCAGGAAGUCUAGCAUGUGCAGUCUGAACAGCGUUAACAGUAGUGACUCCAGGGGAUCCAGUGGCUCUCACUCUCAUUCUCCUUCCUCCUCUUCUUCCUCCUCUUCCUCACACCACCUCUUCCACCACCAUCACCCCUGCCAUCGGUACCGUAGCUCCACACUGCCCCAGCAGGCCCCAGCCCGGCUCUCUAGCAUCUCCUCCCAUGACUCGGGCUUCAUCUCUUCAUCACAAGACCAGUACACCUUGUCCAAAUCAUCCUCGCCUAUGCCAGCUGAAACAAAGCCUUGUCCCAGUUCCAGCUCCUCUGAGGGGUCAGACAAUGGCCAGCUUCACAGUGCCAACAGCUCCCCCACUUCUCUAGCUGCUGCUACUGCACCUCAGCACACUACUGACAAGUUGUUGAAUGGCUUUGACCACUACAGUCCAGGCAAUUCCCCCUAUCUGCACAGCAAUGGGGGGAGUUUAGGCUCGCUGUCAGGCACUGCCCUCCCUUUCUUACCUGUUUCCUCCUCAUCUUCCACCUCCUCCUCCUACCCCACUCGCUCAUGGUCACGGCCCAACUCAGCCUUGCUGCCUCACUACUUCACAAUGGGUUCCCCCAUGGUGCAUUCAUCACGAGUUCCCAGCUGGAAGGACUGGGCCAAGCCAGGACCUUAUGACCAACCCAUGGUCAAUACACUAAGGAAGAAGAAAGACAAGGAGACCCCAGCUGUAGUAGACAGCAAUGAUAGUAUGAACCGUGAUAGCAGCCCUCUCUCAGGCCCAGCCUCACGCACAGCCUCAGCACCAGCUCUGGCUUCACUACACCAGACCCAGCACCAAACGCCACCAGCAUCAGUGGAGGACAGGAACAGGACUGUGGCUGCAGCUCUCAAGGCUGGUGAUAUUGAGACCCAUGAGGAACUGGCUCUGGUCUUAUCCAGAGGUCUGGAGCUAGGCACACAGAGGUCCAGUAGAGACUCCAUCCAGUGCUCCAGUGGCUACAGCACACAGACCAACACACCCUGCUGCUCUGAAGACACUAUACCAUCACAGGUAUCAGACUAUGACUAUUUCUCAAUGGCUGGAGACCAGGAGCCCGAGCAGCAGCCGCCUGACUUUGACAAGUCCUCCACCAUCCCCAGAAACAGUGACAUCAGUCAGUCCUACAGACGCAUGUUCCAGACCAAACGUCCAGCCUCGACAGCUGGCCUGCCUAGCACACAGGCUCCUCUUCCUGGACAGGGUGCGUACCCAGGGGUGCCUUAUCCCUCCACACCGAUCCACACAGGAGCGUAUUCAACUACCGCUAGUGGGGCUUAUCCUGCUACACCUACAGGAUUUUAUUCUGGGUCGAGCUCCCAUAAUGCCUCUGGCUCCUAUUCUACACACCCUGGCCCAGUUAUUGUCACCCCUGGGGUUGCCACAAUCCGCCGCACUCCCUCUUCAAAACCUUCUGCCCGACGUUCAGGCUCAGUUGGGGGCACAGGGCCCAUCCCUAUUCGUACACCUGUCAUUCCAGUAAAAAUCCCUACAGUGCCUGACAUGUCAGGAGCAAUUAAUGGGAGCAGGGGUGCAGAGGAGUUGCGGGGAGGAGGAGGAGAAAACCCAGAUUUCUCAACAUUUUCAGGAGGGGAGGAUGCUGGCCCACUGCCUGUGGUGUCCUGGAGCGGUAAGGCUACAACCAAUCCUCCCAGCAUCCUCCUGCCCAACCAGCUGGCCCAGCAGCACCUUCACAGUGAGAUCACGCAGGAAGGAGGGCGAGAAGUCAACAUGCUGGUGGCCAUUCGCAAGGGGGUCAAACUCAAGAGAACUCUCACCAACGAUCGUUCUGCACCGCAUAUUCUAUAAUAUCAUCGCAGUGUGCAGGCAGGGUCAGGAGAAACGUGAUCUCAUGUCAUGGAAAUGAAGCUCCUCCUUCACUGUCUUUGUAAAUGAGUUCAAAGGCUCUAGAAGUGUGGUGUACAGAAUCACAAGGCUUAUGUUAGUAUGAGAAAUCAGUUGACACCUGUUUCUCAUUCUGUACAUUUUCACAUGAGAAUCCCACAAUCAGUGAAUAUAUAGAUACAGUAUGCUAUUGUUCAAGUGCACAUUUUCAGAUUUUGGCUUCUGAUGCCACAGAAAUUAUAUAAAGCUAGUUUUGGUUUUGACCUUAAGUGGAUCAGUGUCAGUUGAGCAGUUGCACAACGCUGUAUAAAGGGAACACCCACCGGUCCUCAAAAAAUUCUGGCCAAAGCACUAACAUGUUUUUGCAAUCCGAGCCCAGGGCGGUGUGAUGACAAUGUAAAAUGUUUAUUUGUUAAUAAUAGAAGGACAGAGCCACCUUAAACCAGAGUAUGUAUGUUUUAUUUAAGAAGACUGUAACAUUGUACUUUACACACAUCUAUCCAGUAUUAUUCCUCUGUUGAUGUUUCCAAGUUCUGAGUUAAAGCCUACUCAUGGUAAUGUCAUAGUGUUGCUAUGAACUGUCUGCUUGCUGAUAUGUCUUCUUGGAAAUGCAUGUAUAGCAUGCAUCCUUUUGAUUAAUUCAGUUUUUACACAUCACCUCCAGAUUGUUUUUUGUUUUUUUUUGUUACCCUAAAAAACAAGGAAAUCACAUUAAAAUUGUUGUAUACUUUAAGAAAUAAGUCAGUAUAGGUACAUUUAAAAUAGUUUCAUUUUAUUUUAUCUGGACAGUAAGAUGUUUUGAUGAUAUGAGGCUUUUCCUCAGACUGCAGCAUUGCAACACUAUAGGCUAAAACCAGUUGUCGCUGAGUUAUAUAUAAUUAUGUUUCAUUUACAUUUCAGUUCACGCACUGUGAGACAAUGGCUACUAAAAGAUGUAUGAAAGUGUAAAUAUUAUUCAGCUGUACAAGUUAGUCCAGAAACUCGCACAUUUUUAAUUUAUUUUCUCAGUCCUUAAAUUUCCUUCUCUUUCUCAACCUCUAUUUUUAUAUCUAUAUGAAAUAUCAGAAUAAUAGAGCCGUUUCCUAAAUCCAUACAUGUGCUAUUAGACAUGUUGUUCAUGACUGUCCUGCUACUAUUCAUAUGGGCCCCUUGUUUCACACAUACAUGUAUAAACUAUGUUUUAAUAAUUACAUAAAUACUGGCUGGUUUGAACAGCAGUUUUAUUUUGCUGACCUCCAGAUACCAACAGAAGCAGAAAUGAUUAGAUUUAACCUGUUUGUGUUUUGUGUUGUAGAGAGGCUUCCAUCAGUCUUACUAGUGCACAUUGUUGGAUGAUUCAGAGCUAAAUCCACUCAUUUUCCCUUCAGUAAAGAAAAUGUAUAAUGUCUUUAGUUUGUGAAUGAGAAUUCCUGAAUCUUUAUAGCGUUGUAAAUUAUGAAUACUUUCUGGUUGUGCACAUGUUUGGGAGUGACUGAGGUGAAAGUAGACAGACCACUACUAUGCUAGGAAGUUUGUUGGAAGUACAUUUUUAAAUGUUUCUUAAAUUGAUGGUAUUGAUUGAUUAGUUGAUCUGGUAGGCAUCUUUUCUGUUAGAUUUGAACAAGUGGUUUGUUGCCCACACUGUCAGCCCUUUCUGGCCUCAUCAGACCCAGUUUCCCCGGAGACAUAUCGGCAUUAAAUCCAGUUUGUUUAUGAGUUAAACACAAAGUUUGAGCAGGUGGAUGCCCCACAAACCACCUGUAUACAAUAUACUCCCAUAUUCUCUAACUUCACAAGAGCAAAGAUCAUAUAACUGCAUAGAUGUUUUGGGGAAUCCUGAUUUUUUGUCAAUCUUAAUAUUUUUUUUUCUUCUUUUUUUGGCUGUCCAUCUGUCUAAAACUUGUAUUAUCUACCUGUGAUUUCCAUAUUUAAAUUACUAGCAUAAAUAUGUAUCAGUUGCCAAAUGUCAGAGGUGUUUAUAGUUUGACAGUACAGUUACAGUUGGUUUCUAGUUUAGUUUUCAGCUUAUUUCUCCCCUCUAGGAGAGUUGACCUCUCUGUUCCUGUAAAGUUCAACAGGCUAUGAUGCAGUUUGUGUCAGGAAGUAAAAGUUUGUUAUUUUUGUGUAAUGACAGCUUUAGCAAUUUAAUAAAAAUAGA